AUGGUGUUUGGAGAUGUACCUAUAGAAGAGUCUGUGGUCUUAGACCACAACUAUCCAAGCGUGAGUGAGAGGUAUUUCACCAACUACUAUUUUAUACCAGAUGACUUGAGCAAAUCAAACUCAGCCAGUGGGUAUGAAAAGUCUGAAAAUGGGAAAAACUGUACAGAAGAUAUUAAUCCUCAAGACACCAAGGAAGAGGCUCCUCCAGCAGAUAAAGAGAAUUCUGAUACUUUUGAGGAAGAUAAAGAAAGUUUACCAUCACCAGAUAAAACUGGACACACCUGUGUCAUGGUUCACACCAACAAGUUGUGUCUACUAACUCUUUCUCAUCGGCACCCUGUCCUAGCAGAGAAGAAGGAGAUUACAGAUAUUAAUUUUGAUGUGGGCAAAUUCAAUCGCUUAAACAACCAGGUGUCAGGAAAGGGUAAACGAGGUGCCCAACAAAUGGGUCUCAGGUCACCACUAUGCAUUAUCACAUGCUCUGAUAGUUCUCAGUACACUGUCCUAGCAGGGGUAAAUGGUAAACUGGUUGAGGUUAAUGAACGCCUCAUUUCAACUCCCCAGUUGCUGAUGCAGAAGCCCAAUGCAGAAGGUUACUUAGCUAUUGUUUUGCCUCCGCUGCGAAAUGGUGUUUUUGCAAGAAGUAAACUUUUUUCCAAGGAGGAAUAUGAGGCUCUUCUCUGAAUGCCAUUGCUCAUUCCAUGUGUAUAUAUUCAUUGUUAUUGUAUAUUCUGGUAUGGGCUGAUGUUUUUACUUCUGAUGAUUUUACAUAAAUUUUCUUCAAUGUUUUGGCCAUGUAAAUAAAAGAAGAGGUAGUAAA